AUGCCUAAGAACUAUCCCAGCUUUCUACAUUCGCAAGAAGGUGAAGAGACGGAGCUUCCGCUCACGUAUACAGGAUCUCCUUGGCAAUUAUUUGCUUCUGACGUUCGGCUGUUCUUUGCUAAUAUACUGUAUAUCCCGUUCAUUUUUCUGCCCCUUUAUCCAUGGCCGUCCGGGCCAUUAGACGAGCUCUAUCCAACAUGGGCAAAUAUGAUUGACAUUGCCUUGCAUUGUUUUCUCUUUGUAGUGCAGCUAUCUUUCCUCAUAUCACUUCCACUCCUGAUAAUCUACCCUGUUUCUAUAUAUGUCUUGUAUAUUGCUAUCGUCCUCAUUCUUAACGCUCUUGUCUGCUUCCAUUUCAAUCGUGGCAUUCCGGCAGAAGGCCUUAGGUCGACAGAUGAUGAAUACUCACAACAAUGGGAGUCUCAUGAUGAUGAGGCUUGGAUCUUUUUGAAUGGAAUCUGCGUAGGAAAACACUGGCUACAAAGCAACGUUGAUCGACUCUCUCGUAAUUUUCACCGGCCUGUGGUCGGAGUACAUAACAAGACUUACGGCGUUGUCUUUGAUCUUGUACAAUGCCUUAUCCAACGUGCAUUGCUCUACGCCACCUCAGACAUUCGAGACUGCUAUGUCAAGGUUAAGAAAGCACUCUAUCAACCAGGAGUGAAAAAGGUAGUGCUUAUCUUGCACUCUCAGGGGGGUAUCGAAGGUGGCAUGAUACUGGAUUGGCUGCUCGAUGAGGUUCCACAAGACCUUCUGCAGAUUCUCGAGGUGUAUACUUUUGGUUGCCUUGCGAAUCACUUCAGCAACCCGUCUCGCGGCAUAGCAUCACCUGGAUCUUCAGCGAAGCAAAGUUCAGCAGGCGAAACGGCAGACCAGCGGGCAAUUCCUCACAUCGAGCAUUAUGCCAAUGCCUAUGAUUUCGCUAGCAGAUGGGGUGUGCUGGCCUUUACGAAGAAAAAGGUCCAAAAUCAUCUCGAGAGCAGAUUUAUGGGCAAAGUGUUUGUUAAUCCAAGGGCAGGCCAUCAGCUCAAUCAGCACUACCUUGACUCUAUAUUCCCCUUGGAUUCGGCCGGACGGUUUACCCGGGAGCCGGUCGAGGGAGAUUUCAUGGACAUGAAGUCUUGUGCUGAAACAGACGACUGCACGCCUGAUUUGAUGCACAUCGGGCGGAGCGCACAGGAGGCAACGCUCGAAGGCCAAGGGAGAGAUGGCCUAAGCAAGUAUGCGAGUGUCAAAGAGAACUCUGGGGAGGUGGAAAAGAUGUGCCAUGUGAGCAGGUUAUGGCAGUAUCGAAAUGGAGGAUGUCCAAAAUCUUCACCCUAA